GCGUCCGUUGUCAACGUGUUGCCGGGGACGGAGGAAGCGCCGGCGACUUUGGUGUAGUGUUUAUUUCUCUUUUUGCGUUUCUUCGAUUCCUCCUCUGAACAAUCAAGAGAAAGAUAAACACAAAAAAACACACAAAAAUGGCGAGAGAGAGCGCAAUGAAAUUAUCGAAAAACCUGCUGAAAAUGAAGUUUAUGCAGAGGAGUUUGGAUACAGAAACUAAGAAGCAAUUGGAAGAAGAAGAAAAGAAGAUAAUUAGUGAUGAGCACUGGUAUUUGGAUUUACCAGAAUUGAAAGAAAAGGAGAGUCACAUUAUUGAAGAAAAAAGCUUUGUGCCUUGUGAAGAAAUGUUGUUUGGCCGAAUGUCUUUUAAAGGUUUUAAUCCAGAAAUAGAGAAACUGGUUGCACAGAUGUAUUCCCAGAAUGAAAAUGAAGAGCCUGAUGAAGAUGUUAAGAUGGAGGUAGAUGUUUCCGAUGUAGAAAUGGCUAGGAGAUAUGAAAGCUUAGUGGGAACCAUAAAAAGGAAGUUUACUAAAAAGAGAGAUCGAUCAGCUAUUCAAACUGAAGAAACAGAAGCUAGCACCAGGGGUGGUAAAUGCAAGAAGACAUUCAUUAAGCCUCAGGAAUAAAUAACACCAGCGUGUCUUUAAAUAUUUUCCUAUGUAUGGCAAUGAACUUCCUAUCUGAAACUCUGCAGCAGCUGGAUGUUUAUUGUAAUUAUGGAAAUAUGAUCUUUUGCAUACUAAAAUUAGAAAGUAUUACCUCUUGCUGCAAUGAAAAUGUUUUCUGAAGAUAAACAGAUUCUGCUGUUUCCUUGUAUUGAACAAAUACUGAUCAUUCUUGAUUACACUUCUGCAACAUGUCAUAUGCACAAGUAAAAUUCAGCUCACUUGUGCUCAAAGUUGACUUGAAGAAAAAAAAUCCUGGGACAAAAACAUAUUAAGUAUAUGGUGGUGCAAACUUAAUAUAUUUAUAUUUUGCAGAUAUAAAAACCAAUAUAGUAAUUUUCUUUGCUUUGUUUCUUCUGCUAGUAGUAUCUUUUAAUAUCUUAAUGUGCUAAAAGUAUAAAUAUUGUCUUUAUGGUGGAGCAGAUUAUCUUAUUCUGCACCUGUCAGGGAUCUUUUCUUCCUAUGUCCAUUAGGAAGCAUAAGGGUCUAGGCCCGAAACGUCAGCCUCUCUGCUCCUAUGAUGCUGCUUGGCCUGCUGUGUUCAUCCAGCCCUGCACCUUGUUGUCUCGGAUUCUCCAGCAUCUGCAGUUCCUACUAUCUCUGAUUCAAAAAAAAAUCAGUGAUUUGAAUACAGAGAUGUUAAGGUUUUUAUGCAGCACCCUCCAUAUACUGGCUGAAUUAUUCCAAAUGUUCCUGAGACUUGAUGCAUACACUUCAUGUUCAUCAGCCUGUUUGUGAAUUUCCUCUAAGCUCAUUGCCCAUAGAGAUUUGUUUUUUGCCAAAUUCCAGUUUUGUUCAUGGCAAAACUGUGAGUUUAAGCUGUUUUGAAACUACAGCUGUAUUGCAUCAUUUACAGAAAAUGCAGUACAGUGAGUAAUUAAUUACCCUUUGCCUUGAGUUUGAUUUAGAAAUUAAAGUCUUAUUAAGUACAUUUUUAAUAUUCAAAAUUAUUGCAAUCCUUUAUAAGACAAAGUCUGGAUACCUAUUAUAACUUAUAACUUCAGAAUUAAUAAAAGUUAUAGUGUAGAUUUGGAAGAGACAUUCUAUGAGCAGAAAAUAGAAAUAAAGCCAAGAUUAUUAGAUCUGAAAUAAAGUCUUAUCCUAGCAAACCAGACUCUUUUCUGAAACAUUCUCAUGGGGACGAGUAAUGAUUUUCUUCACAUUUCCAAAAUAUACAUUUUUUUACUCAUAUUUUGACGGAAGAUAAUUCUAAUUGCAGCCCCACACAAAACCACAGAGCAAAUAUGGCCUGACACCUAGGUUGCACCACAGAUUUUGAUCUAAUUGUAUCCUCAGGUCAUCAAAUUAAAUAAUAGUCUCAGAGGUUUUGAGAAGUAUGUCAGUUUUGCAUAUUGUUGCCACCACCACCAUUCUACUGUUCCAAUGAAUAUGAGUAAUAGUCAAAUCAAAUUAUUAUCCCAGUGGAACAGCAGCAACAGAAGCGACUAGUGCCAACAGAUGGAAGAAUGAACAAUCUGUGUGCACAUCUGUGAUUUGCAUUAUGCCAUAGGAAAUGUGGUUUUGCUGCAUAUCGGACUUCAAAUUAGAUCAAGUAUGCACUACAAAACUAUGGUAACUUGUAGUUGCAUGCUAAAGUCAUGCAUGUAGACUGACCAAAAAAGUGAAUGAAAGUCCAGUGGAAGAAAUCAGACUCCAUUUAUGGAGCCAAAUCCUGGUGCCUCGCUGCUAGGCUUUCGGAAUAGGAAAGAGAGAAACUUGAAUUUUGAACAUGACUUCAGUAUAUUUAGAGGUUUUAAAAAAAAACUUCUUUUCAAUCUUUAUUCUUUCAUGGAAUGUGGAUGACGCUGGUAGGACGAGCAUUUGUUGCCCAUUCCUAGUUUCCUGAAUGACCGCCUUGCUAGAUCAUUUCAGAGAGCAGUUAAGAGUCAAAUAUUGGAUAACUGGGGUCAUGUGUAAGCUAGAUCAGGUAAGAUUUCAUUCCCUACAAGAUACUAAUGAACCAGACGCAUUUUUAGCAAUGACUAAAACUGUCCUUAGAUUUAAAACUUAUUGAUUUUAAAUUCCACCAGAUGCCAGUUACAUUAUCACUAGGCCACUGGCUCUCCCUUUGUAUUUGUGUUUAUCUUUUCAGCCUUUGUUAGUUGGCAGCCUUAGCAACUUGGUCAUGGGAAGAAAUUUUAAAAUGAAGCGAAUCAUUAGAUUCAUUAUUAGCAGUUGCUUAUUCUUGACUGGAAUUGGUGGGGGGUAAAAUGAACAUUAUGAUUUCAUGGAUAGAUAAUUCAAAGUUGGAUGCUUUUCCAACUUUUCCAAAUUCAAUCAAGUAACCAUAGAUAAGUUAACACAAAAUGGUGACUUGAGGCCAUCCAAAAACAGUGGUGAAUGAUUUUGUUUUUGUGUGUAAUAAACCAGACACAUUUUAUGUGUGAGAUAUACUUUAUUUAACAUGUUUUGUUCUAUACAUAAAAGAUUAUUAAAAUUCUGAAAAGGUAGAUCAAACAGAAGUCUUUUGCACCCAAGGCCUUGGUUGAUGUCUUGCUCAGACCAGUAGAGUGAAGUUUUCUUUGUGCUGGCAGUCUGAGUCCAGUUCAAAUUGGGUAUUAGCCCCCAGUACAAAUCAAUACUUGAUAAUUUGAACCAAAAGUUACCUGACAUUGGGAAUUGAAGUAUUCCACUGGUACAACCUGGGAUGCUUUUCCUAAGUUGGUGAUUAGGUCUGUAUGGACACUACAGGGAAGCUGUUUCCGUUUCUAACUUUGCAAUAGUUGGAACUGCUUUGUGCUGAUGUUUGAUAUUGGAAACUCCCAGCAUUGAUAAUAUCAUCUUGAUGAGAACAGAGUUCCCAAGAAGUAUCUUGUUUUUUAAAGAAAAGAUUAAAAUUCCUGUGCUAUGCAGUCUUAUUUUUCAAGGCAGUGUCAAUUUUCUCUGCAUUAUCCAUUCAGUACCAACAAUGUACGCUCCUCAGAAGGUACUUUCAGUUUUCAUUUAUUAAUCCUUAUGCUGCUGCAAUUGGUACAAAUGGUUGUUACUCUGACUGUAACCAUUGUUUGUUUUACCUUUGACAUAGCUGUCCAUUGAAACAAUGCCCGCACUGGCUUUAAAAACAUACCAUACAUGCUCAUGUGAAAGUUGAUCUUGUUAAAAUUGACUGCUCUAUAGUUGGUCUAAAAGCUAUAGUUUCUCAUACAACAGUCAGAAAUCAACUAACAUUUUAGGAUUGGAGCCCAAGAUUUCAGAGCCAAAUAGAAGCUCUAUGAUCAGUUCAAAAACCUUGUCUUGUUAUUCAUUUAAAAAGGUUACACUUGAGAGAAACAGUAAACAGUUCAUUUGGAGGCGAUAUCCCAUAUUGCCUUGUGGAUUCUUUUGCUUACCAUAUUAGUUCUGCCAGGAAACAUCUGCAGAGAAAGAGAAUAGGAAUUCUAAUAAGAGGUCAUUUAUUUGAAUUGUUACAUUUGUUUUCCUCUGUCCAGAUGCUGCCAAAGCUGGGUAUUUUCAGAGUUAAUGUUUCAUGUCUGGUGUCCCAUCUUCAGAACUUAUAAAUGUUAACUCUGUUUUCUUUCCUCAAAUGCUGCCGGACCUGCUGAGUUUUGCCAGUUAUUUCUAUUUCGGUUUUUAUUUCAGAUUUCCAGCAUUCACAGUUCUUUGUUUUAUUAUCUGUUUGGGCUUUUUCAGCAAGUUUCUGUUCCUGCAAAUGCUGGAAAUCUGGAAUAUUUUGCUUUUGUGAAUACUUUGCUUCUUAAGUAUCAUGAUUAUUGAACACUGUGGAAACAACAGUAUCCAGUGAAACCUAUCAUUGCAGAUGAUGCUUUUAUAAUGAUAUAAAUAAACUGAAAGGCCAAUACUCAAAAAAUAACAUACUGCAAAAUUAGCUGCUAAUCACUGGAUAUUGUCCAGAUAAGACUUAUUUUCUACAACAGAUAAAACAUACAGAAGCAUACAAUAAAAUUAGUUUUAAGCAGAAAAAUUACAGCUAUGAGAUCUGUGAAUCUUAAAUAUGGCAAUAUUGCUCUAUUCAUGGUGCAUUAUACUAAGCAUCAUUACUUAUUGGUAUAGUAAUCAUAAUCCUUAUCUGAAUAUUAGAGGAACUGCAGCUCUUAGGAAACUUCAAAUAAUAUUUUGGCAUUGUAAAUGCAACAAAGAUUUCAUUGUUCUGAGGAAGGGUCACUGGACCCAAAAUGUUAACUGUUUUUUCCUUCACAGAUGCUGCCAGACCUGCUGAGCUUUUCUAGCAACUUUGUUUUGUUCCUGAUUUACAGCAUCAGCAGUUCUUUCAGUUUUUAAAGAUUUCAUUGACCUUUACUGUCAAUAUCUCAAAUAUUUAAAGGACAACUGGCUUUUGGGCUUAAAUUAAGAUAUGUUAUCAUGGGGGGUAGUGUUAAAUUCUUGGUGAUGUAUUUUUGAAUUGCACUUGUCACUAUCUGUUGAUGCACAGUUUGCUAUCGAAUAAACUUCUAUUCAAAGUA